AAUUUGGCGUCCUAGUUAUGCAUUUCUGGAAUUUUCGAUCCCUUACGAUGCAGUUCUAAGCGCCUUUUAAGCGAUCAGGACAAUAUGGCUGCUUCUUCACGGUAGAAUACGAAAAUUUACACACUUUCAUUAGAAGACGCAGUGCUAACUAAUUUACAUCAUGACUUCACAACCGUGGGGAACAAUAACUAAGCCGCCAUUUGAACUAGGGUACCAGAAACUAGGUGAGGAAGAGAUAGACAGUAUGGUCGAACGAUUAAGUAGACCGAAAACAUCACCGGCGGAAAACAAAAAGCGACCGCGGCCGGCGAUUGAGAAACGAAAAUUGACCAGUGACGACAUCAACGCAGUGGGCAAUCCGGAAUUUCUCAUGGGAUACCAAAAAUUAUCCGAUAGGAAAAUUAACCAGGUAGUCGAUCGCCUGUACAUACCAGACUGGACAAGUCGAAAUGAACAGAAAAAAGCGCCCAUUGACAGAAGAACCAAGGUGGAAGUACACGAGAUGGAAGAUGAAGACAUUGAGAAAAUGGUUGAAAGAUUAACGAAAGAUGGAGAGAAGAAAGCUACGGAUCGCAAUCGAACUGGAGCCAUGAAAGAGCAAGGUGUUGUGAAUACUUAUGCGUGGAAAGGAUGGAAUUAGUGUAUAGAAGAAUCGUGCUAUUCGAAGCCUAGACGGAAAGGAGGAAUUAAAUGUUUUCAUCUGAUUGCGACAGUUUGACGCGAAAUUUCGGGGCUUCUUGGUUACGUCUCACGGCACUGAGGAUGAAUAUUCGAGGCCGCCAUAUGAGAUAUUUCACCACCGUGAUAUAUUCCUAUCCUGAUGCGAAAACAGUGUUGAUUUUGCGACAAACGAUCGAAGAAUUCGGCACACUGAUAAUUUAAAGUUGCAGUACAAAACUUUUGUCCUUCAGGUUCAAGGGAUGGGAGAUUUUCACCGCAACGCUCUUGCUCAUUAGUGACUGGGAAUCUACCGUGCUUGUUAGUGACUGGGAGUCUACCGUGAAAAAACGUCCUGGAAAUGUCACUGAAACAGAUGUUAUUGGAAUUAGUCUCAGGAAGAAUUUUUUCUCUGUAAUAUCAUUGCACUAAAGGAAUUAUUUCAAUGAAAGUAGAAACGACCACAAGAUAGAUAGUAUUUAAAACUUUUUUGGUUUAGCUGUGAGUUUGCAAUUAGCAAGGCAAUUAGGUUUAAUACGAGACAAUGUCACUGGGUUGAACAAAUGUUACUCGUGGAUGAAAGUUACAUUAUUAUAAAUUAUACGAAAAAGUGAAAACAAUACAAAGCAAUUUUGACCUUA